UGAAACUUUACUCUUAUAAAUAAUAAUAUAACCUUAGCUUGUAACGUUUUUUUAAAGGUAAUUCUCAAAAAUUACCUUAAAAAAAACAUACAGCAAUUUCUUCUUUGUCUUUGCAAAGGAAAGAAAAAAGUUGGAAAAUAAUGAAGAAAGUUUGGUGGAAAAGAAAAUGGAGUUAUUUUCUUGGAUUGUUGGGAAUUUUUCUUCAGUUAUUUUUGCUAAUUAAUGAAUGUGCAGCAACAAGGAGAAUUGUUCAGAAGAAUAUCCUAUUGGAUUUGCAAACCUAUCCUCCAGUGCAAUUACUUAGACUAAAUAAACACGUGCUGGUGGAUAAUGGCGUAUUCAACAUCACAUUUUCUGUUCCUGAUGGAAUGGUUAUUAAUAUACAAUACAAUGGCAUUGAUAAUUUGUUGGAAAAUAAAAAUAAAGAAAAUAAUAGAGGGUAUUGGGAUAUUGUUUGGAAUAAAGCAGAAAAACACGGGGACAUUUUUGACAAACUUGAAGGGACAAAGUUUGAAGUUAUAUUGCAAGAUGAAAAUCAAGUAGAGCUUUCAUUCACAAGGAUUUGGAAGACAUUAAAUUCCUCAAGUCUUUCUAUGAAUAUUGACAAAAGGUUUAUAAUUCAUAGGGGGAGUAGUGGCUUUUAUUCCUAUGCAAUUUUUGAGCGUUUGGAAGGAUGGCCAGAUAUAGAUGUCUAUCAAGGAAGAAUGGUCUUCAAGCUUAAUGAAAAGCUGUUCUCUUAUAUGGCUAUUUCAGAUGAAAGGCAGAGGAUAAUGCCCACGGCCCAAGAUCGAGAAAUGGGCCGACAGCUUGACUACAAAGAAGCUGUACUUCUUACAGGCCCAUCUACUUCUUUCCUCAAAGGAGAGGUGGAUGAUAAAUAUCAAUACUCUGUUGAAAACAAGGAUAAUAGGGUCCAUGGGUGGAUAAGCCCAAGCCUAAAAACUGGAUUUUGGAUGAUUACACCAAGUAGUGAGUUCCAAACAGGUGGGCCUGUUAAACAAGACCUCACUUCUCACACCGGCCCAAUAACAUUAUCGAUGUUCUUCAGUACACAUUAUGCCGGGGAGAUUAUAGGGCUUAGAUUUCGAAAUGGAGAGCCAUGGAAGAAAGUUUUUGGACCUGUUUUUAUUUACUUAAACUCUGUUUCAUCAGAUGAUGAAGACAUUCUAACACUGUGGGCAGAUGCAAAAGAACAGAUGUUAAUCGAAACCGAAAGUUGGCCGUAUGAGUUCCCUCUUUCACAAGAUUUCGUUGGAGCUGAUCAACGGGGUAUUGUAAGUGGCAGAUUACUCGUUAACGAUAGCUACAUGAGUAAAACACUUAUCACUCCAAAUUCAACUUUCAUUGGGUUGGCUGCACCUGGAGAUGUUGGAUCAUGGCAAAUUGAAAAUAAGGGUUAUCAGUUUUGGACUCAAACCGAUAAUGAGGGAUAUUUCUUGAUUAACAAUAUCAUCCCUGGAAAUUAUAGCUUGUACGCUUGGGUCCCUGGAUUUAUUGGUGAUUACAAAUACAUGGACUACAUCAACAUAACCCCAGGAUCAAGAACUAGGUUACACACUCUUGUGUAUUACCCUCCAAGAAAUGGUCCAACAUUGUGGGAAAUAGGCAUUCCAGAUAGAACUGCUGCAGAAUUCUUCAUCCCAAAUCCACAACCAAAACUCCAAAACCAAUUAUACAUUGCACAUUAUGAAGAAAAGUUUAGGCAAUAUGGAUUAUGGGAUCGUUAUACAGAAAUAUAUCCUAAUGAUGAUUUAGUCUACACUGUUGGAUCAAGCAACUAUCAAACAGAUUGGUACUUUGCUCAUGUGAAUAGAUAUAUUUACAAGGAUGACGGGGACAAAACAUAUAUACCAACUACAUGGCAAAUUGUGUUUGAUCUUCAAGAAGUAAAGGAUUUCUCAAAUUAUACUCUUCAACUGGCAUUAGCAUCAACAAAUGAAGCUGAAUUACAAAUCCGAAUAAACGAUCAAAAUCCAGAGCAUGCACCUCAUUUUACGACAGGGUCGAUAGGCAAGGAUAACGCGAUUGCAAGACAUGGAAUUCAUGGAUUAUAUCGAAUGUAUAGUAUAGAUGUACCUAGUGAUCUUCUAGCUAUUGGAAGUAAUACUAUGUUUCUUAAGCAAAAUAGAGGUUCGAGCUCUUGGAGUGGACUCAUGUAUGAUUAUAUUCGUCUCGAAGGACCCCCCACAAAUGAUUAAAUAAUCCAAGUUGGUGGAUUAUUGCAUAAAAGGUAAUUGGGAGAUGCUAAUACAAUUACAAUAGAGAAAUAUACAAA